UCUCCCACUCUCUCUCCCCCUACCUGAGGUCUCCUGAGUUUUCAGCGCAUGAAUAGAUUUUCCUGUCUGCUCUCCAAAGACCCUGCAGUAUUUCAGAAAGGAGAGAGAUCAGCAAACAAACCUCCCAGCAUCCAGCGCCUUCCAGCAACCAGCUUGUGAGCCCCCCUCCCUUUUCAGUGCAGCCCCAAGGGAUCUCUCCCUCUUCUUUUCCAGCAGGCAGAGCCACCAGAACGCAGGGCAGCUGCUGGCGAUGGUGGCUGUGGCGACGGCAGCGGCGGCGGCAGCAGCUACAGAACCAACAGUAGCAGCAGCAGGCUUUCGUUUUGGCCAGCACCAAGACCCAGGCGAAGAGCAAGGGAGGACCUCCCUUGCCUCUUCCCCCCUCCCCAUAACACACCCACCCACCCACCCCCGUCCUCCCCACUCACAACCCCUCUUCUCCACCAGUAGCAGCGCUGCUGUCUUCCCACAGGAGAACUGGGAAGACUGCUAGAGUCUGCAUCACAACCCUCCCAUCCUCUUUUAUUUUUUUCUUUUUUCUUUUUCUUUCCUUGCUUUGGGAUCUUGCUGCUGGAGACGGGAGAUGUUCAGAGAAGAGAAGGGGGUCCACAACAGAGUCGGCAGCAGUGGCGACACUGGGGGCAGCUUGGCACAGAGCGGCAGCUAGACUGUCCUCAGCAUCCCUUCCAAGUCCUCACUGCCCCGACAAGGAUGUGAUGAAGGAAAACCUCUUCUGCUGCUCUCUUGACUCAAGCCUGCCCUCCUCUAAGGGAGCACUCGCUACUCCUCCUCUGUGAUCCGAAGACUGCUUUUCAGGCUUUGUGGGGGAUACGUGGCUUGGAUCCCUCUUCUCUAUUUAGUAUCUUGCAGAUCGUCUACCUACUGCCCCGGGACAGCAAAGAAGGUAUCGGGACCUAUCUCGUAGCUGAUUACAGGGACUAUUAAGAAAGACAGUGAAAGACCACCGCCCUUCCCCCUCUGGCCACCCUGUGCCAGCUUUCCCAUCCAAUCGGGUCUUUUCAACACAACUCUCGAAGAGAGGAAGAAGGAGACUAGAAAGGAACCUCUACUCAUCCGCUAAGCUGAAGAAUUGAGGGUGGCAGGAGAAACCCCCAACAGCUUUCCCCUCCCGCCCCUAACCUGCCCAUUAUAUUCACACCCCUGCCCAGAUCUCCCCUUAGUGCGUCUCCUCCUGGAUCUGCUCCCCCUGACCGCCAUGUACUGAGUCCCUCUACCCUGGGACUCCAGCCUUUCCCCGUCCCUAUGGGGAGGGCUCCCCACCCAGCUCCGUGAAAUAAGAGAAGGCGGCGACGGUAUCUGGGCGCGGAGCGCCCCGCUUUCCGAGCUGCGGCUCGGAGGUACCUUACCCCCCCGGCCCCGGUGGGCCCCCUGGAGGGGCUGGAGGGGCCCCGUAGCGGGGAGAGGGGUCGGGGGUGAGCGCACCAUGAAGUCCCUUCUCUUCAGCCGCUUCUUCAUCCUCCUGCCCUGGGUACUCAUCGUCAUCAUCAUGAUCGACGUGGAUCCCCGCCGGCCCGCGCCCCACCUAGGUCCGCACCCUCACUUCUCCCCUUAUGCGGCCGGCCGCUGGGGCGCAGCUCAGCGCACAGGCGCCCCGCGGCCCCCGCUACUCACUCGGGACGGCAGCCCCGACGGCGGCCCCCAGCGGGGCGCAGAACCUUCACGCAACCGCUCGCAGCCUCCUCCGCCGCCGAUGCCGCUGCCCACCAUAUAUGCCAUCACCCCCACCUAUAGCCGUCCGGUGCAGAAAGCGGAGCUCACUCGGUUAGCUAACACCUUCCGGCAGGUGGCGCAACUGCACUGGAUCCUGGUGGAGGACGCGGCCGGCCGCAGCGAGUUGGUGAGCCGCUUCUUGGCCAGAGCGGGGCUUCCCAGCACCCACCUGCACGUGCCCACUCCUCGGCGCUACAAGCGGCCGGGUCUGCCCCGGGCUACGGAGCAGCGCAAUGCUGGCCUCGCCUGGCUGCGCCAGACGCACCAGCACGAGCCUCAGCGGCCGCAGCCCGGUGUACUCUUCUUCGCCGACGAUGACAAUACCUACAGUCUGGAGCUGUUUCAGGAGAUGCGUACAACACGAAAGGUCUCUGUCUGGCCAGUGGGCCUCGUUGGUGGACGGCGCUAUGAACGUCCUUUGGUGGAAAAUGGCAAAGUCGUGGGCUGGUACACUGGCUGGAGAGCUGAUAGGCCAUUUGCCAUAGACAUGGCAGGGUUUGCUGUGAGCCUUCAAGUGAUUUUGUCCAAUCCAAAAGCUGUAUUUAAGCGCCGUGGGUCCCAGCCAGGGAUGCAAGAAUCUGAUUUUCUAAAACAGAUAACAACAGUUGAGGAACUGGAACCAAAAGCAAACAACUGCACCAAGGUUCUGGUAUGGCACACUAGAACAGAAAAGGUCAACUUAGCUAAUGAGCCAAAGUACCACCUGGACACUGUUAAAAUUGAGGUCUAACCUGAAGAUACAAAUGGGACUUGCAUGACCAUCAUGGACAGAUGGCUGAGGCAAAGAGGAUGCCUCCUGAAGUUUAGGCUGCAAAAGCAUUCAGGUACUAGUCACUCUACCACAACAGCCCUGCUUUUCAUGAGAUGGACGUCUGUAUAAACAAACUGGAUGGUAUAAAAAUGUCUUCCCUUGGUUUUGCAUGUUUCCCCUUACCAUUUCAGUACACACAGUCACCUGAAAGAUUGAUAUGUCAUCCAGAGAGAGAAAGAGUGAAUGAUGCUGUAAGGAAACAUUUCCAACUACUUGCGUUUUAUGUAUUUUUUUUUCUUGCUUCUCUCCCAUCUUAAUUGAUGAAACUGAACAGGUUUUAAGGAACAAAUGAGUGUUAUUUUGUCAAUUCAAUAUUCUUGACCUCUCAGCACUAAGCGAUUCCUAGAAAUCAGUGGCAAAAUAUAGCUUAGGAAAUAAAACCCACAAGAAAGGUCGAUGGAUUCAUCUGUUUAAUAUAGGGAAAUAACAUUUUGUCAAUACUAGGCACCAUAAAAUGUAAACACAAUUACUGUCAUAAACCUGGAUAUACCUUCAAGGAUUAAAAGGAAUAUUUUGUAGAUACCCUGUAUGCAUAUAGUGCAAGGAGAGCUCUGCAGAUUAGCACUAUGUACACAAGAAGUGAUCCCAAUUAUCAGAGACUCAGAGAAAAGAUUCUGGAUUCCUUUAUUCUUUGAACAGAUUAAAUUUUGUGGUGACAUCCAGGUUUAUCUUCCUUUCACUAACCAUGUUCCCUGUUAAGCACACCAUAACAACAUCACAGUGAAAUGAAUGAUGAAAUAAAAGAAUUCUGAUACACUAGAAAA